UGGGGCUGAAUUCUAUGGUCUCCUUGCACAUCUCGAUAUUAAUGCAAGGAGCAGCGCUUGUAGUAGUAGCAGAGAGGCGAAACCAAUCACUCUGUUUCCGAAACUGUCGCGUUUUGAGUUGCGGAACAUGGGAAGUCUAGAGGAGUGGUCAGAUGCAAUGGUUCCCUCGGAUUCUUCUUCAUCAAUUAAGGUAUUCCCUAAUCUCCGGGACUUGACAAUUUCCGAUCUCCCCAAGUUGGCUGUUCUACCGGAUAUGGAGAACUUGACAUCUCUUAAGGAGUUAGAGAUACAAGAAUGUGGAAGUUUGGCUUGUAUAAGGAAUUUGAAUAGCCUUGCAUCUCUCGAAUCCUUACACUUAUAUAGCUGCCCUGCUUUAUUAGAUGCUUCUCUGGAUAUGGAAAACCUACGUGAAUUAAUCAUCUCAGGAUGUGAUAAGUUGAAUCCUUCUUUGAGUAAUAAUCUUGAGAAGUUCACGUCACUCGAGCGGUUGGAGAUCCGCUCUCAUGACCCUGGUUGUUGGCCAAUUAUGGUUCUCCACCGUCUAGCCAACCUCAGAUCGUUGACUCUCGGUGGCUUCUCUGACAUCCUUGACCUUGAUCAUUUCCCGUGGCCACACUCCAUCACCAAUCUCGUCUCGCUGGAAACACUUCGAUUGUAUGGAUGGCCAAAAAUCACGUCUCUCCCAGACCAAAUUCAGCAUAUCUCUACCUUGACGUCUCUAGAGAUAUGGGAGUUUGAGGGGUUGGAAGUUCUUCCAGAGUGGAUGGGUAGCCUUCGGAAUCUUCGAGAAUUGUGGAUUGGUGAUUGCUCUAACCUCAGACAGUUGCCCUCCGCAGAAGCAAUGCGACACCUCACCAAUUUAAAUGAGCUACGUAUCUACAACUGUCCUCUUUUAGCAAAGAGAUGCAUCAAAGGAAGUGGCGCAGAGUGGCCCAAGAUUGCACAUAUUCCCCUUGUUGUUAUCGAUUUCAACAAAGUUUGACUGGUUUCGCAUUAGGGAAACAAACCCCACUGUAACUGGUCAGAAUCAAGGCAACUCAUCCAUCGUCACAAAAAAGAAGAGCAGUUUUCUCAAACUGCCUCAUUAUUGAUUCCAGAUGUCUGCUGAUUAUUGAUUCCAGUAUUCUCUCCUUUGAGGUGCAUCUUCUCUGUUUUUGUUUCAAGCUGUAACUUGAAAGACAGAUUAAAGUAUUGAUAGACAUUUUCCUUUUUUAAA